CUCGAUGAUCUUGUCGAGCACGUCGAAGUCGAAGCCGCGGCCGAGGAAACGGUCGGCAGAAGCGAACUCUCUCAUCGGGCACGCUUCGAGACCGUCGAUGACGGUGACGUGCGAAUGCAGCGGCCGCUUUGACGACGUAUAAUGUAACACCGAAGCGCGUUUUCUCGGUCGUCGGAAGCAGGACAGUGACGCGCGCGCGGGGCCAGGGUCUCGUCCGCGAUCCCUUGGAGUGAGGGAACGGGCGAACAACACGAACGACGGCAAGUGGGGCCCCACGCACAGUAUGGGCAUAACCUGUCGGACGACGGUACGUUGCAGCGCACCGAUCCAUCGCGGUGGAGCCCACGACGGAGCGACUACGGCCGUCAGGUCGUCCGCCGCACGGUAUACACCAUGAUGAUAUAAUCUCCGGCGACGAUCGCGUUGAGAGAGAAGAGUGACCAGAACAAGUGUCCGUCAUGUUUCACUAUUUGCAUCUCAGGAGUCGUUUUCUGCAGACCCUGAUCCUCGCGUUGAUCGGCCUGACCUUCUAUGCAUAUUACCGUACCACCGUUUAUGAUGUUCACCAAUACAAUUUGCCACGGAACACCAGUUUCUCUGUGUAUCAAGAAGGCCUCCAUGUGCAUACAAAUCUCAGUGUGGACACACGACUGACAGCAGCGGCGUCCAGAAACUCCAACUCGGACAACGUGUCUCUGAGUCCGUAUGCAGUGCACAACGCGAGCAACAACUCCGCGAUCGUUAUCACGACGCUGUCAACAUCCUCCAGCGCCCAGUCCUCCGCGUCGUCUUCCGCGAGCACAUCGAUCAGCUCGAAACAAAGCGCGAACGAGAAGUUUCAGGUGGCAAAAGUUGCCAAUGCGACCAAGUUAGCGCCGAUUGCGAUCCGCAAUGAUUCGGCACGCGCCAUAUACGAGAUCGGGCACACGGUGCCAAUCCCUGAGCGCUGUCCAAAUCUUGGCAAAGAAAUGGAGCUGGUGGUGAUCGUGAUGUCCGCCCCGACGCAUCUCGAGGCGCGAACGGCAAUCCGACAGACUUGGGGACACUUUGGCCAGCGCCGAGACAUGAGCGUACUCUUCAUGCUCGGCACUACUCUGGAUUCUAAAGUGGAGGCGAUCCUGCGAAAGGAGCAGAACAUGUACAGUGAUGUGAUACGCGGUCGCUUUCUCGACUCGUACUCGAAUCUCACGCUCAAGACCAUCUCGACAUUGGAAUGGGUGGACACUUAUUGUUCCAAGGUGAAGUACUUGUUGAAGACUGACGACGACAUGUUCAUUAAUGUGCCGCGAUUGCUGGCAUUCAUUAACAAACAUGCAAAGGACCGUAACGUGAUAUUUGGCCGACUCGCUAGAAAGUGGAAGCCGAUUCGGAAUCGCAAAAGCAAGUACUAUGUGUCGCAGACGCAAUUUCAGCAAUCGGUCUUCCCAGACUUCACCACUGGGCCGGCAUACCUGCUGUCGAGCGACACGGUGCGCCAUUUAUACGACGCCGCUUUAGACCAGACGUACCUGAAGCUGGAAGACGUGUUCACUACGGGCAUUGUCGCGCACAAGCUUGGUAUCAAGCGCUCGCAUGCCAAUGAGUUCCUGAACAAGCGGAUACAGUACACCGCCUGCAACAUCCAGCGCGGCAUCAGCAUACACAUGGUCAAAUACAGCGAGCAGUUCGAUCUCUGGAAGAAGCUGCUCGACGAUAAAGAAGAAAGAGAGUUAGAAUCUCCAAAGAGGUGAAUAAUUUAUCCUUGCUGUUCUCUUCUUUUCUACGAUAUUGUGACGCUUAUUUCCCGGAUAAUAAUGACGAUAAGAAGCCCGAUUGACCGACCACGAUAAAUUCCUUCAUAUUUCUUUAUACAAUACAUAUCUAAAACCUGCCGCAAUUGAUUAAAAAUAGUCGGCUGACGCGAUGGAUUUCUAUUUUUUGGUUUAUUUUGUUGCGCGGUGAAAAAGUACGUGUAUGAUAAAUUAUGCAAUGAAAAAAUCUUAAACAAACGAAAUUUUAUUUUUCAAAUUACCAAUUUUGAAUCCAUUUAUCUUCAUGGAUCAUAUUUACAUAUACAUAUAUAUUCAUAUUAUAUUAUUG